GCCCCUUUAAGAAGAAUGCGCGGGAGCGCGGGGGAGGCGGUGCUCCGCAGACACGUGCGAGGUUUGCUUACCCAGGCGGGAGUCUCACGUGACGGGGGCGGGGCGGCGCCCGGAUCGCCGCGUCACGUGACGGGGCGGCGCGCGGGGCGGGGCAAAGGGCUCUUCUCCGCCUCCCGGGCGCGCCCGGCCAGAGGAGGCGGCGGCGGCGGCGGCGGCCCAGCGAUGGACGGCUCCGGGGAGCAGCCUCGGGCCGGGGGCGAUCCGGCGGCCACGAGCAGCGAGCAGAUCAUGAGGACCGGGGCCGUGCUGCUGCAGGGGUUCAUCCAGGACCGCGCGGGCCGGGUGGCGGGCGGCGCCCCCGAACUGGUCCUGGAGUCCAUGGGGGACUCGACGCCGCUGCCCUCGGACCCCCGGACCAAGCGGCUGACCGAGUGCCUGCGCAGGAUCGGGGACGAGCUGGACAGCAACAUGGAGCUGCAGAGGAUGAUCGCCGCGGUGGAGACGGACUCCCCCCGAGAGGUCUUCUUCCGAGUGGCGGCCGAGAUGUUCUCCGACGGCAACUUCAACUGGGGCCGGGUCGUGGCUCUCUUCUACUUCGCCAGCAAGCUGGUGCUCAAGGCGCUUUGCACCAAGGUACCAGAGCUGAUCCGAACCAUCAUGGGCUGGACCCUUGACUUCCUGAGAGAACGGCUGCUCACCUGGAUCCAGGAGCAGGGUGGCUGGGAUGGCCUCCUCUCUUACUUUGGGACACCAACCUGGCAGACAGUGACCAUCUUCGUGGCUGGCAUCCUCACAGCUUCGCUUACCAUCUGGAAGAUGUCCUAGGGAGGGCUUGGGGGCCUGGCUGCCCCCACCCUGUGCCAGCUCUGCUUGGACUGUCUGUUUUUAGGAUAAAUUAUGGGUUUUCUGAUAUUGGGGGGGGAACACAUUCUUCAUACUUUUGUAAUUAUUUGGGGGAGUCUCCCUGCUCCUCUGGCAGUGUCCCAAAGCCGGAAGUUCUCGGGCUGCUGGCUGAGGGCCCCUGAGAUGACUGGUAGCCUUGGCCAAUAAACACCAACUUUGGAGCAGGC